GCAGCAUUUUCAGAAAUGAGGGACCUGGUCUCUGAAGCAGUUACAGAAUACGUUUCUGAAUUUGAUGCAUGUUCCGUUUCCCCCAAGGCAUCAUCCCAGUCCGGCCAAGCUCUGAAAUUCACCACUUCUGACUCGUGUGACCGCAUCAAGGAUGAGUUCCAGUUCCUCCAAGCACAGUAUCACAGUUUGAAGUUGGAGUGUGAUAAACUGGCCUCUGAGAAGUCAGAGAUGCAGCGCCACUACAUCAUGUAUUAUGAAAUGUCCUAUGGGCUCAACAUUGAAAUGCACAAACAGGCUGAAAUAGUAAAGAGACUGAAUGGGAUCUGUGCUCAGGUGCUGCCUUACCUGUCCCAGGAGCACCAACAGCAAGUCAUGGGUGCGAUAGAGAGAGCCAAGCAGGUCACGCCUCCUGAGAUGAACUCCAUCAUACGGCAACAGCUGCAGGUGCAGCACCUGUCCCAGCUCCAGGGCCUGACCCUGCCUGUGGCCCCGCUGCCCCUGGGACUCACCCCGCCCUCCCUGCCUGCCGUCUCCUCCAGCUCUGGCCUGCUCUCCCUCUCCUCCAUCCUGGCCACCUACUCUCACAGCCAGCCACAGGUGGCGAAGGAGGACAAGGCCAGAGAUGCGGCAGAGAGGGCGUCCAGAGGAGAGGACGGAGACAAGUCAGAUUAGUGAAGGGACCCGGAGGUCGAUGGGUUGAGGGUAGGGGGAGGUGGUAUGUGGGGGUUGGGUGUAAGUGUUUAAAAAACGGAAAAGGAAAAACAGACUGUAAAUGGGGGUUGAUCCUAGUUUGUCUCCUGAGUGUUGUAGAGAAGAAACCGCAGAGAUGAUGAGCAAAGAGGACAGAGCUGAAAUGUUUGGAUGUACAAAGGAUCCUGAAAUGCUUAAACUGAAAGUUAACGUCUGUAUCAUUUAGUGGUAAUUGACUCAGUUCAGACCUCAGACUUUUCAAUAGUUUAUUUGUGUGUAAUCAGUUAUUAGGCCUAACAAUUAUAAAUGUUGUUCCUUUUGGAGAGAGGACUGAGUGACAAACAGACCCUUCCAACUGUUUCUUCCCAUGUCUCCAGUAGUCUCGCAGCGACAGUAAGCAGAUUGAAGAACAUCUUUUGUUUUCCCCUCCAUGUAGGCAACACAAUAGCUACCAUCAGUUUAGUUCACGUAAAAUCUCACAUCUGUUUGGUUAGAUACUUUAAAAGACAAGUAUUGGAUCCUAAAUUCAGCUGGUGCCACGUCGGUCGUUACAUUGGAUGGGCCGUAAGCAAAAAAUAUUUAGUUUUGAUAGCUUCUGAGCUGGGUCCUUUUGAGACACAAGUUUAACAUGAUCUUAUGUUUAGGACCAGAUUGAAGUGUUUUGUCGUCAGGUUUCCAGUUUAAGCCAGAAUAUUCCAUCCAAUUUCCUGACAACUGGAAAAAUACAACAGUUCCCUCAGAGUUCAGAUGAUUUACGGGAUGCAGCUCCCAGUAGUUUGGAGAAUUUAAGCUUUCUUUCAGUUGAUCAAUUUAACUUAAUCCCCCCCCAAUGUACACCAGGUUCUUGUAGUCCAGGAAAGGCUCCAUAUCCAACUAAACUUUAACCUACAUCAAAUUGAUUGUUUGGAGAAAAAGACUAAGUUGUAGGUGAAGGACAAGUGACAGGUUUCUUUCUUUUAAAUCUUUUUUUUUUUCUCUCCCCCUGUUGAGAGCAGACAUGAAGCAUUAGCUUGUUGAUAAUAAGACACCAGAAUACUCGUAUUUUCACUCGUUUGUGCUCAGAAUCCUUUAAUAGGCUUUCAGUGAGUUGUAUGCAUGUUGCAUCAAUUCUUGUUCCGUGUUUAGUUUCUAUGUGCAGGACUGUGCUGACACCACUCUCUGCUGGCAUGUUACAGUUCCAUACAUUGGCGUAGAAUAGUGUUUGAUCCCGUAAAGAUUUCUCCUGUUUUCGCUUUUUUGUGUCGCACAUAAAUGUCAUCAAACAAGUUUAAUAUUAGAGAAAGAUAAGCCAAAUAAAGAUGAUAUGAAAGAAA